AUGCGUCAACGGGGACAGUCUUCAGAAACGACUGCCGCAUCAAAAGUGGCAACAGUGGCUCAAGCCGACGGCAACCCCAGAACCACACAGAGGGAUGAACAAGCGACUAUACCCAUCUCUUGGGCUCUAGUUAUUGUCGUAUCUUUUUCUAUUUGCAUUCGUGCAGCAGUCUCACUUUCCCCUUAUUCCGGAGAGAAUACCCCUCCAUUAUAUGGAGACUAUGAGGCUCAGCGACAUUGGAUGGAGAUCUCACUCCAUCUCCCCCCUUCCAGUUGGUAUCAGAACUCGUCCGACAACGACCUUGCGUACUGGGGUCUUGACUACCCUCCGCUCUCGGGUUAUGCAUCGUGGGCCCUCGGCAAAAUUGUCCAGUUCGUCGAACCAAAUGCCGUCCGUUUGCACUCCUCGAGAGGUUUCGAAAGUCCUCUGUCGCGGGCUGCGAUGCGCUUCACUGUGCUUCUGAGUGAUCUGCUUGUUUUCUUCCCGGGUCUUGUGCUGGCGUCCUAUAGUGUGUAUCGGUCGCCAGUAUCGCAUCACAUUUUUGACACCGCGAGGACAACCCAACUAGUGCCAGUCGUAGCUUUUUGCGCCACACUACCCGCUCUCAUUCUCACGGAUCACGGACAUUUUCAAUACAACGGAGUGAGCCUAGGUUUGUUUCUAUUCGCUAUGGCAUUUUUCAUUUUACGGAAAGAAGCGCUUGGCGCCGCUUCGUUGUGUCUCUCCAUCUACUUCAAGCAGAUGGGUUUGUACUACGGCUUGGCAGUAUUUUCCUUUCUUGUGGGUCGGCUCUGGAGAAUUUUAAGGAGAUCAGGACCAACAAGCGCCUUUCUGUUUGUGUGCAAACUAAUUUCUUCCAUUCUCCUUGUGUCUGUGAUCACAUUUUGGCCAUGGCUGUCCGAGAAGGAAUUGCUUGUCUCUGUUUUGAAACGCCUGUUUCCCGUUUCUCGAGGACUUUUUGAGGAUAAAGUUGCCAACGUUUGGUGUUCGAUCUCCGUACUCAUCAAAAUGAAGGCACUGUUGGAACCAGAGAUGCUCAUUAAGAUGUGCGCGACAUGCACUGUCCUCACAUCUCUCCCGUUUUGUGUUGCAGUUGCCGUCAAGCCUUCGCCGGACCGGUUGCUAUUGUCGACUGGCGGCUGUGCCCUUGCAGCGUACUUGUUUGCUUUCCAGGUUCAUGAGAAGCAGAUACUGCUGCCGCUACUGCCAUUGUGUGUGUUGUACGGUAAACAUCCGCUCAUAUCGUUUUGGAUUUCAAUUGUCGCGAGCAUGUCUAUGUUCCCACUAUUUCAGAGGGAACGGUUGCUGUCAGCGUACUGGGCAACACUUUUGAUCCAUAUUGCACUAGUAUCGUCGACAUGCAGGUUCAAAGGAUGCAGUCAAACAGUUUACAAACGCAUUGCAUUGAAGGUUGCUCUUGUGAUAGGAGUUUUCCUGCACCUCCCUCUUCUUGUACUAACACCCCCGAGCAAUAUGCCAGACAUCUUUGUCCUCCUCAAUACUGGUUACGCCUGUGCAAAUUUUUGUAUCAUAUACUUGUGUAUGGUUUAUUCAGUCUGGACAGAUAGCACUUUAAAAUGCGCAGCAAGUUUGCGAAUAGAGCUGUUUUCGCUAGCUUAG